GCAGCUUGCGCGAGUCAGAGCUGCCGGUCAGGCGGCAGCGGCUGUAUUUUCUAGAUUUUAACAGAAACCGAAAAGGACUUUUGUGCAUCGUUGGCCGUGUAGUUUGGAGCGUUGGAAGCUGAAAGCUUAACACAGGCCAGGAGCAUGGGGUGAUGAGGACUCUCAUCGGUGGACUUUGGUGCAGAUGACUAGGGAUGGACAGAAAAGCACCUCGACAUUUGGUGAAUGACAUAAACAACACUGGACAACAAGAGGAGCAGCAGGAAUUUUUAAACUCCCUGGAAAUUGUUAUUCUGUCCAUCGUUCUUUCCAUCAUCAUCAUCAUGACAGUGUUUGGGAACCUGCUGGUUAUGGUGGCACUCUGCACAGACAGACAUCUGAGAAAGAAAAAGACCAACUACUUCAUUGUGUCGUUGGCGUUUGCUGAUUUACUGGUCGCCCUAGUUGUGAUGCCAUUCGCUGCCAUUGAGCUGACCACCGGUGAGUGGCAUUAUGGGGAGCUCUUCUGCUUGGUGCGAACAUCACUGGAUGUUUUGUUGACCACAGCGUCCAUCCUGCACCUGUGCUGCAUUGCAUUGGACAGAUAUUAUGCUAUCUGCUGCCAGCCUCUGGUCUACAGACACAAGAUGACCCCUGUAAGAGUGGCCGCCAUGCUCGGUGGUUGCUGGCUCAUCCCCAUGUUCAUCUCCUUCCUGCCCAUCAUGCAGAAUUGGAAUGUAAUUGGGAUCGAAGACAUAAUAAAAGAAAGGAUAUCCCAGACUGGAGGCUUCAACAACACAAGCUGCAUAUUUCUGGUUAACUGGCCCUACGCCCUAGUCUGCUCAGCUGUGGCCUUCUACGUUCCUUUGGUCCUCAUGGUCCUGGCAUAUCAGCGCAUCUAUGUCACCGCCAUGACACAUGUCCGACAGAUUGAGACUCUGCAGCGCGCCGGCUCUGCUCCCACCACCGGCACAGAUCCAGUCGUCACUGUGAGGACUUCCACUUCCUCAGAUCCACUGGAUCACUACCGUGUUAGAUCAACUACAGGCUCCUCGUCCUCGGAGUCUGCUCCUGUUGCAAACAGCCGCAUGCGCAUAGAGACAAAGGCAGCGAAGACGCUGGCAGUUAUUAUGGGCUGUUUCUGCCUGUGCUGGGCUCCGUUUUUCAUAACUAACGUGGUGGACCCCUUCAUCAACUACUCAGUUCCCGGGCAGCUGUGGACAGCUUGGCUCUGGCUCGGCUACAUUAACUCGGGGUUGAACCCUUUCCUGUACGCCUUUCUGAACCGAGCUUUUCGGAGGGCGUUUCUGGUGAUUCUGUGCUGUGGGGAUGAGCGGUACGCACAACAGAGGAGCCGCUCCCUCAGACACGCCCAGAGAGCGUGCUCACCUGCAUCUGCCAACGGGACUUCGAUGGCUCUCAGGUUGUCGUUCCUGCCUAAUCGGAGUUACAGCGACAACGGUCGGACGAUCCUCCGCAACGAGCAGGAAUCCCAGGAUUCUUUGGGAGCGCUAUGAGGCUGACUUUUCGGGGGAAAGAUCUGAUGUCUGAGCGUCAAACCUAUUAGCUCACUGAUCCCCACAGACGGCUCUGGGAUUGUGUAUUUCCUGGAAACAAAACUCUCUCAUCUAUCAUCAUCCUGGUCCUUAUAAAGAUCUGAUGAUUGGUGUUAUUGUUCAUCAUCAGGUCUGGACUUUUUUGGACAAAAAAUACAAUUAAGGCCAGCAGGAGAGGAUCUUUAGUAUUAUUAAUCAAAUAUUUACAAAGAUUAAGGGCAUGUCUGCUUUUAUUCUAACUCACAGGUCACAGAUUGAAGUCAUCCUGAGAAGAACUCUGACAUGAACAGAAACCUUCUGCUUCUCACCCGUUAAACUUUAUUAUUCGUUGAUGUUUGAUAUGUUCAUAAAGUACAACAGUUGGUCCAACACUUGUCUGCUUUUUUUCCAUUAAAACGUUUCAUUGAUGA